GAGUAGCUUAAUCAGUAAGAUGUUAAAAAGUCGACUCUCUUGUGGGUUUCUAUUCAGAAUAUUUUCGCACUUUUCUGUCGAGCUCUUUCAUGACUAGAGACUAUGGACCAAUAUCAAGAGACAGAUAGAUAAAGAGAGAUUCUGCACACAUCUAUGCUCUGGUAUCAUAUCAGUCAAGAUUUUUAAUACAAAAUUCAUUGUGUUACUGUUCUCUCACAAUUAUUAUAUGCGCUUUUCCGAAUCCGAAUGAUAUUUAUCAUGUUUUUGCACACAUGAAAUCGUUGAUCAUAUUAACAGAGUGAUCGUGAGUUAUUAAGAUUCCAGCCAAACAACUCGCCGAUGUCAUUUAUUGGUUAUUAAAUUUUUCGAAAAGUUUCUACGCAAAAAAAAAUAUCAACACACAUUACAGAGGACGGAAAAAAUUAUGUAGUAACAAUGGUUGUAAGCACAGCGACUGAUAUGACUGGAUCCAUAUACCAUGAGCGACAAGUGAAGGAGCUAUGUGCAUUACACGCACUAAAUAAUUUGUUUCAAGAGCGUGGCUUUAGUAAACAGGAAUUGGAUCAAAUUUGUUACAGUUUAAGUCCUGAUGUAUGGAUUAAUCCUCAUAAGUCAUUACUAGGACUUGGCAACUAUGAUAUUAAUGUUAUUAUGGCUGCUCUUCAAAGAAGAGGACGCGAAGCUGUAUGGUUUGACAAACGUAGGGACCCUAAAUGUUUGUGUUUAGAUAACAUUGAAGGUUUUAUACUUAAUGUUCCAACUGAAUAUAAAUUAGGUUUUGUGUUACUUCCUUUGAAACGACGUCAUUGGAUUGCUCUAAAAAAGAUUCAUGGUGCCUUUUAUAAUCUUGAUUCAAAAUUGGACUCACCACAAUUAAUAGGAAAGGACAACGAUUUACUCAUAUAUCUAAAGGACCAGAUAGAUAGCAAGGAAAAGGAACUAUUCCUUGUUGUUUCUACAGAAAUUGAUAGCAAUCAAGGAUGGUUAAUAGACACAUGUGAAAACAAAGAUGACAAUAACAUGGAUCAUGAUUCCAUUAGAUAUAUCGAGGAUGGAUAUCCAGAUUUAGAUUUGAAAAAGUCAGAGUCCAAAGAGAUGAAUGAAAAUGAAGAAUUUCUAGAUAAUAAAAAUUCUAGAUAAUUGGAGCCAUUAUGCUCCACUUAAAUGUUUAUUUAUUCAUUGUUACAAUCUUAAGUAAAAAGGUGGCUAGUUGUUGCAAAGACUCAGAAUUAUGAAAAAAAAGAGAAAGAAAAAUGAAGCAAAUAAGGAAAAUUAUGUCUAAUGAGUGUUUUACUGAAAGUGUUUCACAGUAAUAUUUCCAUUCCACAUAAUAUAAAUACAAUUUUUUUUUAUUUAUUUAUUUUUCUUAAGAAAGUCAUUUAUGCGAAUGUAUCACAUUGUGUAUAUCACAUGAUAUAUUUCAUGUACAAUUUACAUAACACAUUUUAUGUGAAACAAUGCAAUUUAAAAAAUAACAUGUAAGAUAUGUAGCGUUUAGUAUUUAUUAAAAAUGAAAAAUGUUGCUUUAUUAAAAGGUAAUAUGUAUAAGAGAAUAAUUCAUAUUUAAACGACAGCUAUUCACAUGAAUUGUGAGAAGGUAUUUAUAUGUAUACGUAUCGUGAUAUUAUUUAUUGUGAUAAUCAUAUCUGUUAUUUUAUUGCUUGUGUAAAUAAAUACUUAUAAUAUAAAA